AAUGCAGCAGCAUAGAAUAAAAAUGGAGUCUGUUUUACGAAUGUAGACACGUGCUUUUAUUUUUACGUGGGAGAAGACACAGCAGAAACAAUAAUUAAAGAAAGGCGAAAUGUACUCCUUGCCGACUUUUGCCACCGAAUGUGGCGGAAAUAGUUUAAAAUCACUGCCAUUACCUUCUGUUUUUACUAGUUAUUCGAAUAAUGAGAAUGGAGUUUAUGACAGUUCCCCAUUUUUCACUCUGGGAAGUGGAUUUACUACUAAUAAUAAUAAUAGUAAUAGUUUGUGUAUUAAGAAAAGUUAUCCUCAACCUAAAUAUAAACCGCGGAACAAUUCUGGAUAUAUACGAUUUUACGGAAAAGGAAAUAACAUUGGAAGUAAACAGUUUUGUUGUGAUCCUUGUGGGAGAGCAUAUUCAGAACAAUGGCAAUUAAAUCAACAUUUAGCAAAACAUGUGAAGUGUGAUUUUGAUGGUUGUUUCUUUCAAGCUCAUUCAAAGUUGGUAGAAUUACAUAAAAAAUUGCAACAUUAUACUGGACUUGCACAUUAUUUUAUGAAAUUAGAUACUCCUGAAGAUAUUAAAAGAUGGAGGGAAACAAGAAGAAAGUAUGUUUUGAAUAUUUAAUGAAAUUCAUUU